AUGCUAAGUCUAGGGGUAAGGAAUUUUAGUCAUAGUAGGAUAUGCUUUAGUGCAUCAUCUAAACUGAUCCAUGGUUCAAAGAACAAGAUACCAUCACCUAAAGAAUUAAAGAAUUUUCUUGACGAAUAUAUUGUUGGUCAAAAUGAUGGGAAGAAGGUCUGCAGUGUUGCUGUAUAUAAUCACUAUUUGAGAGUCAAUGACAAACAGAAGAAGCUAGAAGCUCGCCUACAGAGAAAGUUACUCGAAGAGCAACAGAAGAAGUUAGAUAGCACAUCCCCAAUUGAAUUCACAUCUACAGAAGCUGAACAAGGCAUGCGUAACUUACAGCGUCAGCUGUCUUUAGAACUAGACAACGAUGACGAAGAUUUGGAACUUUCUAAAAGUAAUUUGAUGGUGGUUGGACCCAGCGGUUCUGGUAAAACGUUAUUAGCGACUACCCUUGCGAGGAUGCUUGAUGUUCCAAUUGCUAUCACUGACUGUACGCAAUUGACCCAAGCGGGUUAUAUUGGUGAAGAUGUGGAAGUUUGUAUAGAGAGGUUAUUAAUAAAUGCAGACUACGAUGUUGCCAAGGCCGAAAAAGGUAUCAUUGUUCUCGACGAAGUAGACAAACUUGCCAAACCCGCAGCUAGUAUUGGUACAAAAGAUGUUUCAGGGGAAGGUGUUCAGCAAUCAUUGUUGAAGAUAUUGGAGGGACAUGGUGUUGAGUUGACUCUCAAACGUCCAGUGAAUAAAAAGAAGGAUGAUAAGAAUAAUCAAACAGCUGCCAAGAAAGAGGAAACUUUCGUCGUGGAUACGUCCAACAUUCUUUUCAUGCUUAUGGGUGCUUUCGUUGGUCUUGAUAAACAUAUAGUUAAACGUAUUGAGCGCAUUAAAAACCCAGAUGCAACAGCCAAUGAUAAAGAAUCAGACUCCAAAAAGCUAAGAUUCUCUAAUACCAUAGAACACAUCGAUAUCGGUGACGGUAAGACCAUAUCUGCAUUGAACUUCGUCACACCAAGUGACUUAGUCAGCUAUGGAAUAAUUCCAGAGCUAAUCGGAAGAGUGCCUAUCGUAACUGCUUUAGAACCAUUAAAACAGACAGAUUUGUUCCAUAUCUUGAAAGAACCACGCAAUGCUCUCUUACACCAGUAUGAGUACAUCUUUAAACAGUUUGGCGUAACACUAGGUGUCACAGAAAAGGCUCUGAAGCGUGUUGCACAGUUUGCGUUAAAAGAGGGAACAGGUGCAAGAGGUUUAAGAGGCAUAAUGGAAAGAUUAUUAUUGAAUGUGAACUACGAAUGUCCAGACUCUGGUAUUUCUUAUGUUCUGGUUAACGAAGAAACUGUGAAGGCAUUACAGCAUAAGGAACAUUCGCUAAGUACUAAAGUAAAGGCCAAAUACUAUUCUCGCGGUGAACAAGACCAAUUCGUGAUCGACGUUUAUAAGGAGGAUGAACAGCUAGGUAAAGAAUUUGAUAAACGUUUUGGUAGAGUUGGAACUUUGGAAAAAAAAGGAAAGUCUUAUAAGAUGGAGAAUUAA